AGUUCGUUUCACUCUGUACAUAACAUACAUCACUUGCAGGGAACACAACACAGAUAGAAAAAGAGAGAAGAUGGCUUCCUCUUCUUCUUCUCAUCUCUCAGCCAUACCCCAACGCCUGCCGAAGUCUUCACCAGGCCACUUCAACUCAAAGUCAGUUGGGUUUCAUGUAAGAUCCAAUCUUGAAAACGAGAGUAGCAGUCCAGGGGAGUCAGACAAUUCAUCUAAACCAUCAAAGGUCUUAAUCUCUCGACGAUUGUGUCUCACAUGUAUAUGCUCAACUGCUGCUUUGAUAAGCAAUUCUCCAAAGGCAGUUGCACUGGAUGGAAAAGACAGACCACCUGGAUGCCGGAAUUGUGGGGGAAGUGGAGCUGUUCUUUGUGAUAUGUGCGGAGGUACUGGAAAAUGGAAAGCUCUGAAUCGAAAACGAGCUAAAGAUGUUUAUGAGUUUACAGAAUGUCCAAAUUGUUAUGGUCGGGGAAAACUCGUAUGUCCUGUAUGCUUAGGGACUGGUGUACCAAACAACAAAGGUCUUCUCAGGCGGCCUGAUGCUAAGCAGCUACUUGAGAAGAUGUACAAUGGUCGGCUGCUUCCAAACUCUUAACAGAGCCAAUAUAACACCGGCGAGUGGUCAGAAGAGUUCCUUUUUACGGCAAUGUGAUCAUUAGUUUUUUAGUUCACACUUUAAGAUACAAUGUUAAUCAAUUAAAUUAGAUUGGUUAAGAAGGCAGAUUAUGUAUAGCUAGCUGUAACUUUCACAAUACAGUCAUGAGUACAAUGUCAUAAAACCAGUAACAAAAAGUCAGAAUGAACCCAGAUUGCUUACAGCA